GAAAUACCUCACGAAUUGGGCAGGGACUUGGCCGGGGAGUGUGUUAUUGGAAAAGCUGACAAGGGGGCUGCCUGGAGUCUGUCAGAGGAGGCCUCAUGCAACUUUUUAAGAGUAGCUCAAUCUCCUUUUAUCUGCCUGACACUCCCUGACUUAGUGAGAGCUCACUGAGAGCCCUGAGAGAGAAAGAGACAGAGAUAUAGGAGAAGGAGAGCAAGACAGAGGGAGAGAUGACCCAAGAACAGUGCACUCAUAGGAACAAUGUCCAGAGCUCAGAGAAACCACAUGUGUACAAAGUGGGAAUUUACGGCUGGCGGAAACGUUGCCUUUACUUCUUUGUGCUCCUGUUAAUGAUCCUGAUCCUGGUCAACCUCGCUUUAACCAUCUGGAUAGUAAAGGUCAUGCAUUUCACCAUAGAUGGUAUGGGCAAUUUAAGAAUAACAGAGAAGGGUCUGAAAUUGGAGGGGGACUCUGAGUUUCUCCAACCUCUGUAUGCCAAAGAAAUUCAGUCCAGACCAGGCAGCCCACUGUUCCUGCAAUCCUCCAAAAAUGUGUCCGUCAAUAUCCUAAAUGGAAAGAAUCAGCUGGUCACACAACUUAUUGCAGGAUCCAGUGGAGUGCGUGCACAAGGGAAGAUGUUGGAGGUGAAAUCCAGCACCGGGAAGCUACUGUUCUCUGCUGAUGACCAGGAGGUGGUGGUGGGAGCAGAGAGGCUACGGGUGACGGGUGCCGAGGGAGCUGUAUUCACCAACUCUGUGGAGACGCCACACGUCAGGGCCGAGCCCUUCAAAGAGCUACGCCUGGAGUCUCCCACUCGGUCUCUGUACAUGGAGGCCCCUAAAGGAAUCCAGAUCCUAGCAGAGGCAGGGGACAUCCAGGCCACAUGUAGAAGUGACCUACGCCUAGAGUCCAAAGAUGGAGAGAUCACUCUGGACGCGCGGAGGAUCAGGCUGCUGCGUCUGCCUGAGGGCAAGGCCUCUCCCUCGGGGACCACUACCAGACAGACUGUCUAUGAGGUGUGUGUCUGUCCCAACGGGAAACUCUUCCUAUCACAGGCCGGGACAGGCUCCACCUGCCAGAUGAGCAACAAUGUCUGCCUCUAGAACACACACAUGCACACACUAACACUGAAACACACAUACAUGCAUACAUACAUACAUACAUACAUACAUACAUACAUACAUACAUACAUACAUACAUACAUACAUACAUACAUACAUACAUACAUACAUACAUACAUACAUACAUACAUACAUACAUAUCAAAACACACACACACACACACAGAACAUAUCAAAACACGCACUCACUGAAACAUACAUACAUACAUACAUACAUACAUACAUACAUACAUACAUACAUACAUACAUACAUACAUACAUACAUACAUACAUACAUACAUACAUACAUACAUACAUACAUACAUACAUACAUACAUACAUACAUACAUACAGUGGGGAGAACAAGUAUUUGAUACACUGCCGAUUUUGCAGGUUUUCCUACUUACAAAGCAUGUAGAGGUCUGUCAUUUUUAUCAUAGGUACACCUCAACUGUGAGA